AUAGAUGGACAGGGGAGUGGUUUAAAAUGACAGUCUCAAGUUCAUGUAGGAAGAGAAGGUUAAUUCAAAGAAACAGCCAGGCAAGCUUCCUUUCUCUUUAGGAAUAAUUAUUAUCCCCUUUCACCAUGGCCCACCUGGGAGCCCAUUUUGCCUUUAGAUCCCGCUGGCAGAAGACCGACGAUGAACUCUGUCGACAUAGCAUGUCCUUUAUCCUUCACAGAGCCAUUCGCAAUGACUUCUUUCAGAGCUAUCUCUACCUGCUGGAAAAAAUUCCCCUGGAUCUGAUAAAUAUCUGUCAUAUUGGGAUUUCUUUUCAUUGGAUUCCUGGGUUAAUUUCAUCGUCUUUCGUCACAUAUCUUCUCUUGAUUUUAACCCUCAUUGGGCUGGAAUAUAGCUCCAAGAAACUUCUGAAGGAUGAAUCCAUGGGAGUUAAACUGUAUGCUUUAACAAGUCAAGUCAUCAAUGGUGAGAUGCAGUUCUAUGCCAGAGCUAAACUUUUCUACCAAGAAGUACCAGCUACUGAAGAGGGUAUGAUGGGAAAUUUCAUAGAACUGUCCAACCCAGAUAUCCAGGCUUCUCGGGAGUUUCUUAGAAAAUUUGUUGGGGGUGCCUUUCUGCAGGGGCCUGGGCGAGCUGGGACGGACUGCGCCUUGGAUUGCGGCUCUGGGAUAGGAAGGGUCAGCAAGCAUGUCUUGUUGCCAGUUUUCAACAGUGUGGAACUGGUGGACAUGAUGGAAUCGUUUCUCCUCGAAGCCCAGAACUACCUGCAGGUCAAAGGGGACAAAGUAGAAAGCUACCACUGCUACAGCCUGCAGGAAUUCACACCCCCACUGGGCAGAUAUGACGUCAUCUGGAUUCAGUGGGUCUCCGGGUACCUGACUGAUAAAGACCUUCUUGCAUUUCUUUCCCGGUGCCGAGAUGGCCUGAAAGAAAACGGCGUCAUCAUACUGAAGGACAAUGUGGCUCGGGAGGGCUGUAUUUUUGAUCUCUCUGACAGCAGUGUGACUCGGGACAUGGACAUCCUCCAGAGCCUCAUUAGGAAGAGUGGGCUGGCGGUGCUGGGCCAGGAGAAGCAGGACGGCUUUCCAGAGCAGUGCAUCCCAGUGUGGAUGUUCGCACUGCACAGCACAGACACUCCUGACCAGCAGUGGGAAUGAAUGACUGGACUUUGGAACAGAGGUGCUGUCCUCUGAAGUGCCCCUUGUAAUUCGUGGAGAGAUGGAGAGAAGGAAUGCAAUGCAUGUUUGAAAAUAAUCGAUGUAGUAUGUACAAGUUUCCACUAAUUGUAAAAGUACAUGCACCCUGUGGAUUUUCCAAAAGAUAAAUGGAGUGAAACAUCAGGAAAAAUUUUUUAAGAAAGUGCUUGUAUACACCUCAACUGUUCAGUGUAUACAAAAACAGAAGAGGGAGCAAUGUUCACAAAUUCUAAACUGCCUUGGUCCCUGAAGGUUUGCAUUAUAGAGUAUUGCAGGAUGGGUGGGGUAAAGUCCAGACCCCUUCCUCUGCCCUCAUCCUAGAUACAUUAUCCUUCCUUCCUCUUUGGGACUACUACUUCUCUUAGACAAAAACCUCCCACUAAUUAAGCAGGCACCAGUCAAAAUCAUCUUAUGAAAACAAGUCCAUUACUUAAUUUUGUCUUUAGCCUUUCUCUUAACAGAAAAAGCAUAUGGUUUCGCUUUCUAUUUUGGGUCAGUUUCACCACCCAGUACUGUAAUAUGGAUGUAAUUUGAUAACAGAAGUCUGCAUUUCAGUGAUGGGGACGUGUCUCCUUUCAGGAGAAAAUGUUGUACCCUUGAAAUUUCAGCUGUGAACAUAUAAGUAAAUGUCAUUGAUAAUCUAAUUUUAGCCAUUGGCUUCCAACACUGCUUGGUUCAUUGCAGCUGCUCCUGUUUCCUUGACUGAUAUGACUGUUCACUGGAAAGAGAAAGGAAAUGGUAAACCUGAAAACUGAAAUAGCUGGAUUAAUGGAAGGCAUUGGUUUAAUUAAAACUAUUUAAAAAUCUUUCAAAAGCAAAGUGUAAUUAAUUUUUAUUAGCAGAAUGUUUAAAAAUAACUGCUAUUGUCUUUAAAACACUCCAAUAUCUUUAUGUUGAAGCACAUAUAUAUUUUGAUAUAUAUUUGUGUUUUGAUAUAUAUUGAGUCUUCUAUGAAAUGCAAAGAAUCAAUUUAAAUAAAGUCUGUUGCAUGGAUAUGCUAUCACCAUAAAAAUAAUAUUUGCAAGUUGUAGCUCUAACUUAGGAGGAAAAAAAUCAUUAUAAAGCAUUUACUACCUUGUUAUAGCAUUACCUUGAUAGUUUCAUGUCCUGGAAAAUUAUGUUACUUACUCUAUGCCGACACCUUCUAGCUGUUGUAUGUUACUCACCAUGCUCUAGGGUAACAUAACAGAAUGUGAGAUAGAACCAUUGGUGAACAAGCCAGAGACCAGAACUAAAUCAAAUGGUGCAUCGUUACCAAACAGACUGAAUACGGCAAAACAAGGGAUCUCAUGUUUUAAUCCUCUGUGUCUUGCAGCAAAUUAGCUAAAUCUUCUUUUUAGGACCAUCCCAGGAAUUUUCUAUUUCUUUUACACCAGCACCCUUAGUUCUCUUAGCUCUUGACUUUCUGCUUUCCCAGUACUCAUAUGCUGAUUGACACAAUUAUCAAAGUUGUCUGCUCCUGGGUUCCUGAGCUUAUGGAGGAAAUAACAUAAUUGUCCUAUAGAUAUGGACAUAGGAUUUUUAACUCAGUUGAGUUUUCGAGGUUGAUCAGCAGUCUUUUUUCUCUUCCUAAGUCACUUUCCAUUCUCCUUAGAAAUUUUCCAGAUCUUUAAUGCUCUACACAAUUUCCCAACUCCGUACCCAUGCCUGAUUUAAUCGAGAAAGUAGAAGUUGGGGAGAGAGUUGUAUCAACACCCCACCCCGAUACUGUUAAUCAUACCUACAAAGUAAAGGAGAGGGUGGCUUGAGAGGAGAGGCCAUUGGAGCCAGAUCAUGCUGCCUAAUAGGUCCUGUUAAGGUUUGGACAUGUUAUUCAAAGAACAAGGAAAAGUUCUUGAGGGUGAAAGUAAGGGGAUGAAUUUUCUGAUCCUGUAAGUAGAGUCAUAGAUGCUGUAGAAGGAAGACAUUUAGAGUGAAGAGCCAUCUUCAAUCUAAUUCAGUGAGCCAAACACGCUGCUGAUGUUUGUCAACACAUCUCUGUUGUGGUAUAAAUAACGGACUACGUUAGUUCCCAAGUUCUGUCCGUAGUUUAACUGCUUCAGAAUCAUUUGGGAAACUUUUAUAAAAUAGAGAUCCACAGGCUCUGUCCCCAGGAGAGUCUAGUUCUGUGAAGCGGGCUCAGAUAAUUCGUAUUUUUUAUCUCAAAUGGACUUUGAUCAUUAGUUUUAUUUGAGGAUACUGACGGGGAAAGGAGUGAGGAGCUGGGCUCUUCAGAGCCACAGAAGAAUAAAGUAGGGCAGGCAAAGGCGUGGGGCCAGGUUCAGGGAAAUAGCUAGAUGGUGAAGUCCAUUCUCCACACUGAUGCCAGUCCUUCUAAAAUAUAAAUCUGACCAUGUCACGUGUAAACCUUCAGUGACUCCCCAUCACCAAUAGGAUGAAGUCUCAUUUCUUUAGAAUGACGUAUAAAGCCUUUUGUGAUCUAGUCCUGGCUUCCCUCUCCAGCCUCGGUUUUUCCACACUCCCUGCAACUACGCUUGACUACUUGUGGUUCCCUGAAGGAGCUAUGAUUUAUGACUCAUGGCAUUUAUAGAUGUUACUUCCUUAGCACAGGGCAUAUCUUAUUCUUUUUUGUCUGGCUCAGGCUUAGAUGUUGCUGACUCUAGGAAAGCUUCUCUCAUUCCCUGAGUGCUGGGUUAGGUGCCUCCACUAUGUGCUACCCUCAUAUCCUCUGCUUAACAUAUCACAGCACUUAUCAUGUGACUUGUAAUCAUUUGCUUACUUGCUAUUUCCUCUAUUAAAUUCUGAGCUCCUUAAUAGAGCAUUUAUGGUUAGAGUCUCAGUCUUUAACAUAGGCCCAGUGCACCACAGGAACUCAAACUUUUGUUGAAAGCAUGAAAGGCAACGUUAUAAGUAGAAAGACUCAGGGGACAGUCUAAGCUUCUGGAGGCAUCAAACAGGAAUCAGAGCAAAGCAGCAGGAAAAACUGAGGGCUUCUGACGUUCCAUGAGCCCUGGGAUAUGCAAAACCAAUCAACAUAGUGAUCAAACAGUGCAAGCUGUCAAGAACCAGGAAAGGCACAGAAACAAGACGGCAGUGAGCUCAGGGGUCAGACAAACAGCUGGCAGGGAGAUUGUAGCAAGAAAAUGAGGUCCUGAGAUAAAAUCCUGCCUAGUAAGGAGCUCUCUUUUUCCAAUAGGAGCCAACCCAAAGAUAUGGCCAACCCAAAGCCCAUAGUUUCAUCAGAUGAGAGGGUGCACCUCGUAAGAGAGACAUGUUAAAAUUGUACAAAGCCACUCCUAAUCCUCACCUGUUUCCUGCUAAGCAACAAGUCCAAAGAACCAACCAGGUUAUAGAUGAAGUUAAUCCUUCUGUGAAUGUUGAAUAGAAGUAGAAGGUACUUACCUGUACUCCACAGAUGAAUUAAUUGCAAACAUGCCUGCAACCCCAGAUGAACUUUGGAGGAACCCUUCCUUCGUUUACACAGUGAUUCAUGAAUGGGUGCCGUCUUCACCUGCUUCCUCUUCUGAGAAUCUGAGCCACCAUUCCUAAGCAUCAGCAUAGAAGCAUGCCAAGUCUUGAGGGGUCGGCAGUUUUAUAGAUUCAGGACCAUCAUAAAAAUAUAAAACAAAAUGAAUAAGGUCAUCCAUGCGAAAGACGAUCUGCUUUUUAUUAUGGGCACAUUUUUGCCCCAUUCUGGGGUUUUUUUCCUCUCCACUAUUUCCUGUAACUGGUCUGUUUUGAGUGAUGUAUUGGGGAGAAGACCUGUGUCAGAUAUAUUCAGCUGCCUGUCAUGAGUAAUUAAAACCAGUUGUGUUAUUGCUUUCCUUAGUUCCAGCUGACUCUUUGAUGCUUUGGUGUCCAUGCCAGAAAACUACCUCUUAUAAUCAUCAGAGGCCAGUGUUUUUGCAGAGGUCACCGCAAGCUAAUUAAGCAAAUAUGUGAAAAAUAGUUUUAAAUUGUCUCAAUUAGCAGAGUGUAUGUAUAUGUGUAUCUAGAGUGAGGUUGAGGAGAGACUUUUUAAAUAACAACUGACUUGCAGAGUUGGUGAUUUGGUGUCAGAGAACUAUGCAUAUACAGCACCUUUGUACUUUCAUUAAGUUGGCAUGAUUUGACCUUUUGCUACAUG